AAUGCCGGUUCGGGACGAGGAGAGUUCAUCAUGAGUGAUAUCGAUGCAAAGUUAUGCGAUUACUUGUUGUACGCAUUUUUCGGCAUCGAUGGCAGUGGCAAGGUGGAAAUUUUAGAUCCCUCGUUGGAUCUAGAGGACAACGGCGGUCGAGGGUACAUUCGUCGGUUCAACGAGUUGAAAAGUGUUAACCGAUCACUUAAAACGCUAGCCUCUAUUGGAGGAGACAAGAUAGGUAUGAAGGAAUCUUUCUCACUAGUGGCUGCCAGUUCCAGUCUGCGAUCGACGUUUGCCAGCAAUGCGAGGAGAUUUUGUCAGAAGCAUGGCUUCGAUGGCGUCGAUAUAGACUGGGAAUUCCCAGAGCCCGUCGAUCGUUCCAAUUUCAUUCAAUUUCUAGCAGCGUUGUCGAGCGAGCUACAUGACGCCGGCCUCAUCUUAACGGUGGCCGUCGGUGCAAGCGAAUUCCAAGCAUCGAAAGCGUACGAUAUUGCUGGUAUCGCGCGUUACAUAGAUUUCAUCAACCUUAUGACGUACGAUUACAACGGCCACCGGGAUGGUUUCACUGGUCACAAUGCUCCGUUGUUUACCGGGCCCGCGGAUAGGACUGACCACCAACAAAUGCUCAACAUCGACCAUAGCGUGAAGUACUGGCUCCACGAAGGUGCUCCCUCCGACAAGCUGAUACUGGGUGUUCCGGCCUACGGAAGGACGUUUCGGCUUGCCAAUACACGUGACAACGAUCCGCGAGAUAAAGCGAUAGGACCAGGAGGGGGUGUAAUGAUGUGGACUAUCGAUAUGGAUGAUUUCGAUGGCAACUUUGGCUGUAAAUACCCUUUGUUGAACGUAAUCAAUGAGGUUUUGAAACCUGGCCUUUUAAUCUCAUUGGGAAACACCCUCAUUCGGAUUUUAGGUAGUGGAGGUGCUGGCGAUAGUGGCAGCAUGUACUGAAUAUUCCCGGAUCCAAAAGCCAAACGGGAACCGGCAAUAGGUGGAUUUUGGGAUAAGCCCACAGAUACCUCUUGCGCAUAAUUAUAAGAGAAUCUGUGCAAAAUAAAUAAACCGUAUUCGUCAA